CUGGGUUACUGGGUCGGAAACAUGUGACUCGGUCAUCAACUCGGUCUUCCUCCUCUAGAUCCAACGCUACUGGGACUGGUGCUGCUUAUAAUACUACGUCCGCCUCCUCCUCCUCCAGAGGAAUGCAAUUCAGGAAGCUCUCUGGCUGUUAUGAGUGCCACAUGAUCGUUGACCCUAGCAGGUACCCAAUUCCGAGGUCUAGUGUUUGUGUUUGCUCUCAGUGCGGAGAGAUCUUCCCCAAGAUGGAUAGUUUGGAACAUCACCAAGCAAUUCGCCAUGCUGUAUCGGAGCUGGGAGUUGAAGAUUCCGGCCGAAACAUUGUGGAGAUAAUAUUCAAAUCAAGCUGGCAGAAGAAAGACAUUCCCAUCUGCAAGAUCGAACGGAUACUAAAGGUUCACAACACUCAGCGCACCAUCCAACGGUUCGAGGACUGCCGGGAUGCCGUGAAGAACCGUGCGCUGGGCACCACACGAAAGAACCCCAGGUGCGCAGCGGACGGGAACGAGCUGUUGCGGUUCCACUGCGCCAGCAUCUCGUGCACGCUCGGCGCACGUGGCUCAUCCAGCUUGUGCGGCUCCGUACCUGGCUGCGGAGUGUGCACGAUCAUCAGGCAUGGCUUCCAAGGCAAAGCAGGAGGGGAAGGGGGCAAGGGAGUGCGGACCACUGCCAGCAGCGGUAGGGCCCACGACUCCUUGAGCUGUAUGGACGGGCGUAGGGCCAUGUUGGUGUGCCGUGUCAUUGCUGGCAGGGUUAGGCGCAUUGCGGACGAUGCGCCGACGGAGGAGGAUGCGUUGUCGUCCUUGUCGGCUCCUGGCUCCUACGAUUCUGUAGCCGGAUUCGUCGGAAUAUAUUCAAAUCUCGAGGAGCUGGUGGUUUAUAAUCCGAGGGCCAUCCUCCCAUGCUUCGUAGUCAUUUACAAGGCUCUAGAGUCGUGAUUAACGUCGUCGUUUUUAAACCCUAUUUGGCGUUCCUCUUCAUUAUGUUAACUGACUUGUCUAAUUUUCGGGUUGAUUUAUGUGUUGGUGUAUAUAGAUGAUAUUCUCUAUCAUUUUCACAUGGUAAUGCUAGUGAGGCCUACUUUUUUUUUUUUUUUUGUUGUGUUUCUUCUAUGUUUGUUUAAUGGGUUUAGUUCAACUACUCGACUGCAAGUGUUUUUGUUAAAUUAAUAUUAAACUGUUUUAUCAUUUGGGCAAGCUAUAAUUUAAUUAAAAA